UGGGAGGAUCUGGGCGGGGCCUGUGGGACCCAGGGGGAGGAAUGGGGGGAGAGGGGAGAGCGGGAGAGCGGAGGAGGAGAGAGUGGGACCGAGUUCCGGGAGGAGGAGAAGGAGGAGCUCGUGGACGACGGGAAAGACGAUUCCGACUCGGAGCUGAAGGAGGAGCUGAAGGAGGAGGUGGAGAAGGAGGUGGAGGAGUUUGACGAGGAGCGUCUGCGGGAGCUGGAGAAAGACAUGUCUGAGGAGGAGAAAGAGAGGCGGAGGGAGGAGAGUUUGCGGCUGAAAGAGACAGGGAAUGGACAGUUCAAGAAAGGAGAGCAUGCAGAAGCUGAGGCCUCCUACACUGCCGCCCUGGCGUGUCCUCUGUGCGACUGCAGCAGGGAGAGGUCGAUCCUGUUCUCCAAUCGCGCGGCAGCACGUCUCCACCUGGUACACACUCAGCCCCGCCCCCGACACACUCAGCCCCGCCCCGACACACUCAGCCCCGCCCCGGACACACUCAGCCCACCCCGACACACCAGCCCCGCCCCCGACACACUGAGCCCCGCCCCCGACACACUCAGCCCCGCCCCCGACAACACUCAGCCCCAAGAGAAGGCUAUCGCUGACUGCACUAAAGCCAUAGAGCUGAACCCUGGUUACGUCCGAGCCAUCCUGCGGAGGGCGGAGCUCUACGAGAAGACGGACAAGCUGGACGAGGCACUGGAGGACUAUAAGAACAUUCUGGAGAAGGACCCGGCUCACCACCAGGCCCGGGAAGCCUGCAUGCGCCUGCCCGGGCAGAUCCAGGAGCGGAACGAGAAGCUGAAGGAGGAGAUGAUGGGGAAGCUGAAGGACCUGGGGAACAUGUUCCUGAGACCCUUCGGUCUGUCCACCUCAAACUUCCAGGUGAACCAGGACACCAGCAGCGGAUCCUACUCCGUCAACUUCGUCCAGAACCCCAACAACAACAACAGGUAGCCCAGGCUACCGUCGCCCCGGCAACGCUGACGCCCGGCCGUCGCCUGGCAACCACACCGUGCCAAAAGACUGACAGACAGGACGACGGUCUGUCAUCCCUGUGUCACAGUGCACUGACCCUGAAUGGAGCACAGCAUCAUGUCUGCAGAUGA